AAAAUGUACCUUGAUAGCUGUUGUCAGUGACGUCACCGUGGACGUAUCCCACAAUGCAACGCCGUCAGAUGAGUAUCUUCUUCAUCAACACAUGGCCAGUACUAGCUAAUAUUUUUCUUAUUUAACUUAAACCUAACAGCAGUUUUUAAGUGUGUGUCCAUUUUUAUUCUUCUACCAAAUGAAAGUGAAAGUCCUCUCGAGGAACCCGGAUGAUUAUGUCCGGGAGACCAAACUAGAUAUUCAGCGUGUCCCUAGAAAUUAUGACCCAGCACUCCAUCCGUUUGAGGUGAGCAGAGAGUACACCCGGGCUCUGAAUGCCACUAAGCUUGAGAGGGUGUUUGCUAAGCCUUUCCUGGCCUCUCUGGAUGGACACCGAGAUGGGGUGAACUGCAUGGCCAAGCACACCAGAAACCUCUCCACCCUGCUCUCUGGCUCCUGUGAUGGGGAGGUGAAACUGUGGAAUCUGACCAAACGCGAAUGUGUCCGCACACUCCAAGCACAUGAAGGUUUUGUCCGUGGAAUGGUCGUCCGCUAUUGUGGGACAUCCUUCUUUACGGUUGGUGACGACAAAACAAUCAAGCAAUGGAAAAUGGAGGCGCCAGGUUACGGAGAGGAAGAGGAGCCACUCAACACUAUUCUGGGCAAGACAGUCUUCACAGGACUAGAUCAUCACCAGAAGGAUGCUGUGUUCGCAACAUGUGGCCAGCAGGUGGACAUCUGGGACGAGCAGAGGAGCAGCCCAAUCCGCUCUUUCACUUGGGGCGUAGACAGCUUCAGCAGUGUCCGCUUCAACCCUGUGGAGACUGAACUUCUUGCAAGCUGUGCCUCUGACAGAAGUAUAGUACUGUAUGACAUGAGAGAAUCAGCACCACUCAAAAAGGUUAUUAUGACAAUGAGGAGCAACACUUUGUGCUGGAACCCUAUGGAAGCCUAUUACUUCACAUGUUCAAAUGAGGACUACAACCUCUACACAUAUGACAUGCGGUACCUGGACCGGCCGGUCACAGUGCACAUGGACCAUGUCUCUGCAGUGCUGGAUGUUGACUAUUCUCCAACUGGGAAGGAGUUUGUAUCUGCCAGUUUUGACAAAACCAUCCGCAUCUUCCCCAAGGACAGUGGCCACAGCAGGGAGGUCUACCACACCAAACGCAUGCAGCACGUCAUCUGCAUAAAGUGGUCGUCGGACAACAAAUACAUCCUGAGCGGUUCUGAUGAAAUGAAUAUCCGACUGUGGAAAGCCAACGCAGCUGAGAAACUAGGAGUGCUGGCCCCCAGAGAGCGGCAGGCCGCCAACUACAGUCAGAAGCUGAAGGAGAAGUUCCAGCACCACCCGCAGAUCAGACGCAUCGCUCACCACCGACAUCUUCCCAAGAACAUCUACCACCAGACCAAGGAGCUGAGGGUCAUGAAAGAGGCUCGCCGUAGGAAAGAGAGGAAUGUCCGCAAGCACAGCAAGCCAGGAAGUGUUCCCGUGGUGUCUGAGAAGGAGAAGCAUGUUGUGACGGUGGUCAAAUAGGCAGGGUCUGAGACGAGAACAGAAGACCGGAAUGAAGAUGAGGUGGACCCCACGAUCACACCAACAUGAGACAUGUUCAGACUGCUCUCACUUAAGAAUUGAAGAAAAUAAGUUUGAAUUUGUCAGUUGUGGGAAGGACAAGUGACAAGUUCUGCAUUGAUUGAAGUACCAGGAAACCGACUGUAAAUACAUCUUGUAAAGCAUUCACUGUACUUUUCACUGAGCAGUUGUUGUAGGACUCUCUUUACACAUCUACACAUUUCUGUUUUGCUCCUGUAUUUGAGUGACUAAUCGUCACACAUUUUGCUUUGAGCAAGUUUGCAUUUUUUAUCAAAGGAUCCACGACGAUUUAAGAAAUGAUGAAUGGAUUAAAUUGAUUCAAUGUUUUAAA